CCGCCCCGGCCAGGCGCCCCCUGCAGCAUGGCGUGGAACACCAACCUCCGCUGGCGGCUGCCGCUCACCUGCCUGCUCCUCCAGGUGGUCAUGGUGGUUCUCUUCGGUGUGUUUGUGCGCUACGAUCCCGAGGCCGACGCCCACUGGAAGGAGAAGAGGCGCGGGAACAUCUCCAGCGACGUGGAGAAUGACUUCUAUUAUCGCUACCCGAGCUUCCAGGACGUGCACGUGAUGAUCUUCGUGGGCUUCGGCUUCCUCAUGACCUUCCUGCAGCGCUACGGCUUCAGCGCCGUUGGCUUCAACUUCCUGCUGGCGUCCUUCGGCAUCCAGUGGGCCCUGCUCAUGCAGGGCUGGUUCCACUCCUUCCACAACGGCUACAUCUUCAUCGGCGUGGAGAACCUCAUCAAUGCGGAUUUCUGCGUGGGCUCUGUCUGUGUGGCCUUUGGGGCGAUCCUGGGCAAAGUCAGCCCUGUGCAGCUGCUCAUCAUGACUCUCUUCCAAGUGACCCUCUUCUCAGUGAAUGAGUUCAUUCUCCUCAACCUGCUGCAGGUGAAGGACGCAGGGGGCUCCAUGACCAUCCACACAUUUGGUGCCUACUUUGGGCUCACAGUGACUUGGAUCCUCUACCGACCCAACCUAGAGCGGAGCAAGGAGAGGCAGAGUUCUGUGUACUCCUCGGACCUCUUUGCCAUGAUUGGCACCCUCUUCCUUUGGAUGUACUGGCCCAGCUUCAACUCGGCUGUGUCCAACCACGGGGAUGCCCAGCACCGAGCUGCCAUCAACACCUACUGCUCCUUGGCAGCCUGUGUGCUCACGUCGGUGGCGAUGUCCAGUGCCCUGCAGAAGAAGGGCAAGCUGGACAUGGUGCACAUCCAGAACGCCACGCUGGCGGGAGGGGUGGCUGUGGGCACGGCCGCCGAGAUGAUGCUCAUGCCCUAUGGCUCCCUCAUCGUCGGCUUCAUCUGCGGCAUAGUCUCCACCCUGGGCUUUGUGUACCUGACGCCAUUCCUGGAGUCCCGGCUGCGGAUCCAGGACACGUGUGGCAUUCACAACCUGCACGGCAUGCCUGGCAUCAUUGGUGGCAUCGUGGGGGCUGUGACAGCGGCCUCCGCCAGCACCGAAGUGUAUGGGCAGGAAGGGCUUGUUCACGCCUUUGACUUUCAAGGUUCCAAGAAGAAUUGGUCACCAAGCAUGCAGGGUGGCUUCCAGGCUGCUGGCAUCUUUGUGUCCCUGGCCAUGGCCCUGGUGGGUGGCGCCAUUGUGGGUAUCAUUUUGAAAUUGCCAGUAUGGGGACAACCUGCUGACGAGAACUGCUUUGAGGAUGCAGUCUACUGGGAGGUACCCAAGGACCAGGAGCACACUGCCUACCACCCUGAGGACUCCACCCUCAAGCCCGUGGCAUCCUGAGCUCCCCAGGCCAGUGAGAGGCAGGCUCCACAGACCGUUUUGGGCCUCCAGAAGGAGCUGGUGCUGGCCUGGCUGGAAACACGAGCGAGGCCAGCAUCAGUCUGUUUGCUGGUCCAGCCCCACGUGCCUCCAUCCCUCUCCCCUUUAUCCAAGGGGCCUGCCUGAGAAUGGAGGAGGAGGAGUCACAGACAAAGUGGGCAUCCGCCCAGGUUCUGGCUGCAGAAGGCCUGCCACUUGGGGCUCCUGUGGCCACAUCCUGAGACCAGCAGUCCACGAGUGAAGCAGGGACUUGAGGAUGGACCUGAGCCCUCCGAGGGGACAACUUAACUGCCAGUCACUGCCUGCUGGGCUCUUCUACCCCCUGCCUACCCCUCAACCAGCACCUCUGAUGUUUCCUAGACCACCAGACCUCUCUGUGCCAUGCAGAUGGUGAUCUCUGUGAAUAAACAGCCUUAGUGUUCUUUUUAGAAUGGCUGUGAAUGCUCCAACAGGGCUGGUUUGAAAAAGCAAAGGACCCAAGAGACCUGGUCUCCUGCCCCAGCUCUGACACCCCACCCCAACCCCAAGCUGCCACCCACACUGCAUGGAAAACCAUCCCAAGCCGAAGAAGAGACCAGGAUCCUAGAGCCUGCUUCCAGCCUAGGGGUCUUUCCACAAGGCCCUUCCUUGCCUGCACAUGCCCCUCCCAAUUUCAAGGGCAGGGUGGGGUUAGGGAGGGCUCCUUCAGCCCCUCAGCCCUUUCCUCCUUCCUCCUGCAAGCCAGCCCUGCACUCCCUCCACAGUGGGGGAAGGCUUCCCUUUAGAUCUCCCAUCACUUAUAGAGCCCCUGGCUCCAUGCCUGUCACCACCCUGGGCAGAGAACACACAGUUCCUGCCCCCAGGGGGCUCAUGGUCUAGCUGGGGGAUACCCAAUAACCUUGCUGAACUCUGACAACUGUGGCUGGAGAAGCAUUCGGUGCCUGGGUAGCUCCCCAAUGUGGGGCCACCUGAGCAGGGUUUUGGAGGCUGAAUAGGAGUUUCCCAGAAGGAUGGCAGACGCACUGCAUGGGCAGAGACCCAUGGCAGGGAUUAACAUGGUGAGGUUUGCCAUAGCUAGAAGAGAAGUGAAGCAAAGUGUGAUGGCUGGAGAAUAAGACACAGAAUCCAGAUCCUUUGUGGAGCAAAGACUCCUGAGUAGAAGAGGUGAGGGGAGAGGAAGGGGCAGGGGUCUCCUGCCUCCCCCACCCCACAAUUCACAAACACGCAAACACACUGAGGGCUUCAUUUCCUUUACCAGAGGAAGGGAGAGAAGAGGAGGGGAGGAGAGAGCUGAAAUGCAACCUAUUCAUGUUCGUGCAAUGUAACACCCCUCAUUUUCCAUGCUGGGUAAAGACAAAAACCCUUUACAACCUGUUUCUGGAACUUGUCAGCAGCUGCCAAGAGGAGCAUGUUAAUUAAACGUCGGCAAAGAUGGAAGCCGGAGGCCCCGACUCUAAUUGGACAGUUUGCUUCACCGGAUUGAAAAACAUUGUGACAAAGGAGGAGGUGCGCGGCGGCUCGGCAGGGGUGCGGCGUGGCGGGGAGGGGAGCGGCGGCUUUGAUUUCAGCUGAUCCCUCCCCGGGCUUCCCUCCCCCGGCGGGGCCGGACCAGCCCAGCUGGGCACGCCCACGAGGGCCUGGCGGGGGCCCCGCGGGGCGGGGAGCGGGUGCUGCGCCGAGGGGGCGCUCCCGAAGCCUGACCAGCUACAGCGCGCGGACUGUCCCGCUAAGAGCAUUGCACCCAACCGCGGGCCGGGCCAGGCCAAGAGGACUCUGGAGCGGGCCCCAGUCGAGGGCGGGGGCAGGCCAGUUGCCUCCUGGCAAUACCGAGGCUGCACUGGGAGCCCAGCCCCAGCC